AUGAGUGCUCGACCGCCGCCAGCAAGGCCACAUAUCGGCUUAAAUCCUUCGCACCGGUUCUCUUCGUACUCCAUAGCCGACUGGGCAGAGGACGAUGCGUGGGACAGCGGAUCCGACUCAGAGUCGCCUAGCAAUACUGGAUGGAGUCGCUCGAAGCAAGGAUCCUCCACUGCCGCGACCGCGACCACGACUGCCCCAAAACCUGUACCGAGGCCUAUAUUAAACAACUCUUCAUCCACGCUAGCCUUUUCGUACACUCACGUCAGUCACCCAAGUCCGAGUUCGUACCCUCCAAAGCAAGAUCUGCAGCCAUCGAAACACGGCUGGACGAUCGUCAGCAAGUCCUUUGACAACCAGAACAAUCUCGAACACAGAGAGACAGACAAAGUGAACGAUGGAGGAGCAUAUGAUGACGUGGAAGGUGACAUGAUCGUUGGCGAGCUCGAGCCUGAAAUCGCAGAACAAGCGGCAGUUACGCACUCUAAACCGAGGCAAGGCCAGGGCUCUGUAAGAGAUGACGCUGAAGAGAUUGUUAACGAUCCAUUGCACCUUGUGUGGCAACGGCUUUCGAAUCAAGGAUCCAAACCUCGCCUAGGUGCAGAUGGAGUAGAGCUCGACCCGCGCUCGGAAAAUGUGGAUCAUGAGCAGUCAACCCGUUCCACUAGGCGACAGAAGUUCAUUGAUUGCAUCACCCGCCAAGAUGUGGACAUGGCUCAGCUACGCAAGCUGGCUUGGAACGGUGUACCAAGCGAUUUACGCCCGAUAGCAUGGCCAUUGUUGCUGGGUUAUCUUCCCCUUGCUGAUCUCGCUCGUACGGCUGCCUUGGCUCGGAAAAGACAGGAGUAUUAUUCGCUAGUCGAGCUUGCCUUCAAACGGGAUCGUGAAGGACUUGACCAGCAAAUCUGGCAUCAGAUUGAGAUAGAUGUUCCACGUACGAGGCCUGGAAUACGGUUAUGGAUGCAGGUAUCUACUCAAAGGAGCCUUGAACGAAUACUCUACGCCUGGGCGAUAAGGCAUCCCGCGAGUGGUUAUGUCCAAGGCAUCAAUGACCUUGUAACACCAUUCUUCCAGGUUUUUCUGUCAGCAUAUAUUGACUCGGAUCCGGAGGAAUUUGACCCCGCUAUAUUACCAACCAGUGUACUCGACGCGAUUGAGGCUGACACAUUCUGGUGCCUAUCUCGAUUGCUGGACGGCAUCCAGGACAAUUAUAUCGCAACACAGCCUGGCAUACACAGAAGUGUCAAACGCAUGGCAGAGCUCGUCGCUAGGAUUGAUGCGCCAUUGGCGGCGCACCUGCAGGCUGAGAACGUCGAGUUCAUGCAAUUUGCGUUCCGCUGGAUGAAUUGCUUGCUGAUGCGCGAGAUAAGCGUGCAAAAUACUAUUCGCAUGUGGGACACAUAUCUGGCCGAAGGUCCAGAUGCCUUUUCUCAGUUUCACCUGUAUGUUUGCUCCGCGUUCCUUGUUCAGUGGAGCAAGAAGCUGCAACAGAUGGAUUUCCAGGGCAUCAUUAUGUUUCUACAAUCUCUCCCUACCCAAAAUUGGGGAGACCACGAGAUUGAAAUGCUGCUCAGCGAAGCAUUUGUCCAUUACUCAACAUGGCACAAUGCACAAAGUCACUUUGGCAAGUAA